CAACACAGGAGGGCCCAAGGCAGAGAUUGGUGUGGGAGGAGCUGCUGGCUGAUUAUAAAACCGUUCUGAGGAGCAGUUUUUCUUCUCCUGAGCUGUUUCCACUGUGUGUGUGUCUGCGUUCAGCCUUUCCUUCACUCCGGUCCGACUGAGGCUGCUCAUCCUGCUCUGUGUCCAGAGGACGGACGGACGGACGGACAGAGGGAGGGAGGCCGAGCCAUCACCAGGACUGGAGGACAGGUCGGUCGUCUGUCCAUCACUGUUCCUCAGCCUCCUGCAUCUUGUGGAUUUAUCUCAUGUGUGAGUGACACCUCUGCAACUGGAGUGAAACCUGAGCGGAGGCAGGACUCGGCUCCACACUCUGUCCUCCCCUGGCGUGGAUGACCUCUGCUCUUCUAGUCUGGUCUUCAGCAACAUGAACAAGAUGAAGAACUUUAAGAGGCGUUUCUCUCUGUCAGUUCCUCGCACUGAGACCAUUGAGGAAAAUGAGUUCACCGAGCAAAUCAACCAGCUUAACAUUAGACACACUCAAGCAGCUGGAUCCAGCUUACAAAGCCUGACCCCGGACAGACUGGGCCCUCCAUCUCAUGACACCAGUCCGGUGAGUCCUGAGCCCACCACCCCUGGAGCUCAGUCCCCAUCCCACCUCCACUACCACAGCAAGGCCCAGCACAGACGCUUCUCCAUGGAGGACGUCAGUAAGCGUAUGUCUCUGCCCAUGGACAUCCGUCUGCCUCCAGAGUUUCUGAAGAAGCUGCAGCUGGAGAGUGAAAACUCCCCACUUUCCAAACCCCUCAGUCGUAUGUCUCGACGUGCAUCGCUGUCUGACAUCGGAUUUGGGAAGCUGGAGACGUAUGUGAAGCUGGGCAAACUGGGUGAGGGGACGUAUGCCACUGUUUUCAAAGGGCGAAGCAAACUAACAGAGAACCUGGUGGCGUUGAAGGAGAUCCGGUUGGAGCACGAAGAGGGAGCACCUUGUACUGCGAUCAGAGAGGUGUCUCUGUUGAAAAACCUGAAACACGCCAACAUCGUCACGCUGCACGACAUCAUCCACACAGACCGCUGCCUCACUCUGGUGUUCGAGUACCUGGACAGUGACCUCAAACAGUAUUUGGACAACUGUGGGAAUCUCAUGAGCAUGCACAACGUCAAGAUCUUCAUGUUCCAGCUGCUCCGUGGUCUAUCCUACUGUCACAAAAGGAAAAUCCUCCACAGAGACUUAAAACCUCAGAACCUGCUCAUCAAUGAUAAAGGAGAGCUUAAACUGGCCGACUUUGGUCUGGCCAGGGCCAAGUCUGUGCCCACCAAGACCUACUCCAACGAGGUGGUCACCCUGUGGUACCGGCCUCCUGAUGUGCUUCUGGGCUCCACAGAAUACUCCACCCCCAUCGACAUGUGGGGCGUGGGUUGUAUCUUGUACGAGAUGGCGACGGGUCGACCCAUGUUUCCCGGCGCCACCGUGAAAGAGGAGCUUCACUUAAUAUUCAGGCUCAUGGGAACUCCAACAGAAGAUAGUUGGCCUGGUAUCAGCAGUAAUGACGACUUUAGGUCUUACCUCUUCCCCCAGUACCGACCUCAAGCCCUCAUCAACCAUGUGCCCAGGCUGGACACAGAGGGGAUUGACCUGCUGUCCGUUCUCCUGCUGUACGACACAAGGAGCAGGAUGUCGUCUGAAGCUGCUCUACGACACCCAUAUUUCCUGAGUCUGGGAGACAACAUACACAACUUGGCAGAUACUGCGUCAGUGUUUUCGCUCAGAGAGGUACAGCUCCAGAAGGACCCGGGUCAUCGCAGUUCAGUAUUCCAGCCUUUAGGUCGAGGAAAGAACCGGAGGCAAAGCAUCUUCUAGAGGUCACGGAUGAAGACUGGAGGGUGUAUUUUCAGACCGCAGCACAAAGGCCAACGCAACUCAACACACUCACAAGCAUGCACACCGACACACACCUGCAUGUGCACAAAAAGCCCUGUUCACACACUCAUUCCCAUGGCAGCAGACUGUGGACACACACAGGGUUCAUGGAGGAAAAUACCUGCACUGCACUUGAAAUGACUGAGCUGAAAUCCCCCUCGCCAAUACACACACACAGGAAAAAAA